CGUUGCAGCCUGCAGUCGGCCGUCUGACAGGCCCUGACGGUCAUUGUCCCCGAGACAUUCCCCGACAUCCCAGCGCACUCCGGAGCACAACGAUGGUUGCCUAUUUUCACCCAGUCCGUCGGACAUAAGCCUCGGAGAUGAUGGUUGGUGAUAGUCCGUCUCCGAGCUGUAUCGAGUAUAUGACCCCACCAUGAGAAUAGGUUGUCGACUCAGAUCACAUCAAGCCCUGUUUUUCGGUUCAUGUUCUUUGGUGAAACCGGAAAACCGAAAAAACAUCGUCAUUAAUCUCAAAAGCGCCCCAAGGGGAUAUAGUCACGAUGUUUCGAUCACUCCUGUCGCGCGGGGGUCUCAUCCGCGACGACUACAUCUUCCCCCGCGUGGACCCCACAGAAGAUGGACCUGACUGUCAGAAAGACUGCGCUGACUGCACAGUGCAAUUUCCCCCAAAGGUGAAGGUCGAAACCACCAGACCACUGUACGGGCAUAUCAAGGAAUUCCAUACCCAUGUCCUGAUUGCGACGGGCAAGUCGGACUGGACAGAACAUGUGGAGAGUGAGAAGGGAUCCCUCAUGGAGGCAUUCGAUGCUCCCUCCAACCAGUCAAAGCAUGGGCGCAUGAUGAUCUCCGCCUCAAACCUCCAGUCCCACCACGAAGAGGACCAAGACAGCACCCACGGAACCACAAUCCUCCUUCUUCCUUCCUUCACCUUUCUUGACUCCGUACAAAGCACCGACGUGCGGGAGGUCGUGGACCGAUACAUUGACGCUCCGCUAUCCAACAAAGGCAUCGUUCCCGAGUCCCCCACGUCGCGACUGUCCCCACGUCCUUGCCAGUACGACUACGUGGUCCUGCUCUGUUCGCACCGACGGCGCGAUGCGCGCUGCGGCAUCACCGCUCCGCUGAUCAAGAAGGAGCUCGAGCGCCAGCUCCGGCCGCUGGGGCUCUAUCGCGACACAAACGAUGAUCGACCCGGGGGAGUCGGCAUUUUCUUCGUCUCGCACGUUGGCGGCCACAAGUUUUCUGCGAACGUUCUGAUUUACCGCAAAGAGCAGGAGCAGAUGAUCUGGCUGGCCCGAAUCAGACCUGAACACUGCGAAGGGAUCGUCAAGUACACGCUUCUGCAGGGCAAGGUGGUGCAUCCCGAGUCGCAAUUACGGGGAGGGUUCGACAGGUGUCGGGGCUUGACGAGUUGGUGAUAGACUAUUUCUUUGUUUGUUUCUUUUCUUUUUUUUUCCCAUGAAGAUAUGAUGUCUGUAAAAGCAUAAAUUAAUGAACUUACCUAAUACCCAAUUCAAAUUAAGUCAG